AUGGCUGAGCCACUGCCUAAGGACUUCCGUUUACCAACCAUCAAGCCUUAUACGGGGUCGGUUGACCCCCGAGCGCAUCUCAACAGGUAUCGCGCAGCCAUCCUGAUGACGACUGCAAGCAACGCCGUUAUGUGCCGAGGCUUCUUCUCAACCUUGGACGGUCAAGCCCAAGACUGGUUCACAUCUUUUCCUGAGGGGUCCAUCUCAACUUUCGCUGACCUCUCAGGGAGAUUCCUGUCGCAUUUCGCAAGCAGUAUCCCAAAGAAGAAGCAUUUUGCCACCAUGUGCAAAUUGGAGCAAUUUGCCGCGGAAACCCUGACUGACUACCUGACUAGGUGGAAGAAGGAGGCAUGGUCGGUCGAGAACUUUGACGAGAAAGCGGUCGUGCCAAUUUUCACCAGCAAUGUCAGAUCGAGGCCUUUUCUCCGCGACCUCGUCCAAAAUUCACCAAAGUCUUACGCAGCAUUGUUGUACCGGGCGACAAAGUUCGCUGAGGUCGAGGAAACUGAGCAGAGGAAGAAGGAAGAGGAGAGUGGUCGACAAGACAAGGCACCCAAAGAGGAUCGCCGGGCUCCAAGGCCCCCGCGCCAAGGGCCGCAGCUGGCCCCGCUACGUUGUCUCACGCCCUUGACACACCCAAUAAGCGCCAUCCUGGAGCACGCAAAGGUCAUGGGCAUCGUGUCGUACACGGCUGAAUGUUUGAAGAUUUCACCCAACACCGACCCGAACAAAUAUUGUCGAUUCCACAGGCAGCAAGGACACGACACCGACGAGUGCAUGGUCCUCAAACGCCAUAUCGAAGAACUUAUUCAAAGAGGUUACCUCGGCCAAUAUAUGAAAAGGCUGGGCCAAGGUAGGACUCAAGGACCAAGCAAUGUUUGA